GAGGGAAAAGCGGGGAAGCCGGCCUUUUAGUCGGGCCUGCCCUGGGCAGCCAUCUUGGAGGGUCGCGGUGGCCGGAGCUGGGGCAGCCGCGUCUGAAGGAGACAAGGCGCCGCCGGGUUGUGAAGCUGACUCCGGCGCCCGGCUUCCCCUUCUCCCCCCCCUCCCCCUCGCCCCGAGCAAAGAGGAUCGGAGCCUAGCGAAGAGCGAUGAGCAACUCCAGCAACAAACGCGCCCCCACCACGGCCACCCAGCGACUCAAACAGGACUACCUGCGCAUCAAAAAAGAUCCAGUGCCUUAUAUUUGUGCUGAGCCUUUGCCAUCCAAUAUCCUUGAGUGGCAUUAUGUUGUACGAGGACCUGAAAUGACACCCUAUGAAGGUGGCUACUACCAUGGGAAGUUAAUUUUCCCCCGAGAAUUUCCUUUUAAACCUCCUAGUAUUUAUAUGAUCACACCAAAUGGAAGAUUUAAAUGCAAUACAAGAUUGUGUCUUUCCAUUACUGAUUUCCACCCCGACACGUGGAACCCAGCUUGGUCCGUCUCCACAAUCUUGACAGGCCUUCUUAGUUUUAUGGUUGAAAAAGGCCCCACUCUGGGCAGUAUAGAAACAACAGAAUUUACGAAGAGGCAACUGGCUUCGCAGAGUUUAGAAUUUAACCUAAAAGACAAAGUUUUUUGUGAAUUGUUUCCCGACAUGGUGGAGGAAAUCAAGCAGAAACAGAAGGCCCGAGAUGAUCUCCACAGCCGGCCGACGACUCUCCCGCUUCCGGAUGUCAUCCCCGACGGGGAAGCUCAUCACGGUCAGAACGGCCUGCCGAUCCUUAAUGGGCACCCGCCUUUGGCUGCGGCGAACAACCCCCUUGGCCUCCAGCAAGCUAACCGCCACCACGGACUCCUGGGUGGAGCUUUGGCGAACUUGUUCGUUAUAGUGGGCUUCGCGGCCUUCGCCUACACAGUGAAGUACGUCUUGAGGAGCAUCGCGCAGGAGUGAGAGACGCUCUGGAGUUUCUCCUCCUCCUCCUCCUCCUCCUCCUCCUUCCAAAUCUGGAUUUUGAGACCAAAAUAACAGUAGUGGCAGGAAGGAAACGAAAACGAAACAUUUGGGACUCUGCGGGGUCUCGAACUCCCGACUGUGGGCUAACUGCUGUGAUGUGUACAGGGUUUUUUUCUUGUUGUUGUUGUUUUUAAUGACUGGUUUUGGCCCAUGGAAUUAGUUGUAUCGGAGGGAAGGGGAAAACCUUGCUUGGGAUUGAAAGGAUGGGAUGGGAAUGGAGCAAGGAAGAAGACAAACACUUAACUCCCAAGAAAAGAAGAAGAAGGAAAAAAAAAACCUUUCUGAAGCUGUAGGAUCUAAAUUUACCGGCAUACAAAAUCUCCGUUUCUUUUUUCUUUCUUUCUUUUCUUUCUUUCUUUUCUUUCUUUCUUUUUUUUUCUUCAGUGCACUCUGAAUUUGUUCUAGCGAUCUUGGAGCUUUUGGAGAACGGGGGCUGGAAGCAUCCACUUUUAAGGCGACGUGGUGUUUUUGGGUUGAUAGAGAAGACUGGGUUGGAAGAAGAUGGGCAGCCCUUGCCUGUUUUUAAUACGGAUGGGUAGCUGAGGAGCGGGAGGUAGGGGGAUAGAGGAAUAAGGGGGCGCGCUCGUUGCUUCCUUGAGAUCCCUUAGAUUGCCUCGCUCGACGUGUUGACUGCUGCUGAACAGGUUUCCCAAACCGAGCAGAAGUUUGCGUGAAACACUACUACAUCUUCCAGGAAGCGUUUCGCAUAAUAAGCUGCCGAUGGCGGGAGAGUGAACGUAAAACUUUUUUUUUUAAAAAAGUCAAGCGUGGAGUUGAGGGUGAGGGUCAAGCUUUUGACUCUUUUGAAUCGACACUGAGCCGUCCCCGCACAGUUUAGGAGUUUUGGCGCUAACGCCUUUUUUCGCAAAAAGAGACGCCUUUUCCCGCUCUCCCAGACGAACCCUAACGGUCAGCGGUUACUUUUCGGAGUAAGGUGGUGUGUAUGUGUGUGUUGUUGUUUUUUAAAAGCAGGCACGUUCUUUACCCAAACCUCAUCACAAAAGUAACGGUUUUUCUCCUUUUUUAAAAAAAAAAAUUCUGGCCCAAUUAAAAACUUGCCCAAUUGCUCUUUAAAGAGAAAGACAGAGAGAGAGAGAGAGAGAGAGGUGACAAUGAAUGGCCAGGUCUAACCAGCUCUCCUUGGUCUUUUGAUGAGCAUUUAAAAAAAGAAAAAAAGUUUAAAAGUUUGGUGUUCUGUUUCUUUUUUUAUUUUCCCCAAAAGGACCCCCGUUUGAUGACUUGGGGUUGCAAUCAUGUUUUGUGUUUUUGUAAUUCAUCUCCAGGUUUUGCUGCUACAAAGAGAAGGGGAGUGGAAAGAGUGAAGCCCAGAUGGGUGGGCGUGGGAAGGAAUUUUUCAAUCAAUUCCUUCUGGGUUUGACCCCGCGCCCACCUGCCCACCCCAAAGGCUUUGGGGCUGUUGUCUGCAUUAGUCCUAGGCCUGGGGUCUGCAAAGCCACCAAACCUGAGGGACUCUGGGAGUUGAAGUCCACAAGUCUUAAAAGAGCCAAGUUUGCAGACCCCAGGCCUAGGCAGUGGUGGGUUUCACUUACCUUUGCUAUCGGUUCGCUUGCGCAUGUGCAGAGUGUAUUUGAGGACAUCCAGGCGGGUGGGCAGAGCCUCCCACCGCUUCCCCUACUACCAGUUCGCCCGAACUGAUAGCGAACUGAUAGCAACCCACCACUGGUCCUAGGCUUUCUCUUGCUCCAGUUGAAAGUAUCCCUUCUAAAGCAGGAGUCACUCAAAAGCGAAGAUUUUACAUGCUUUACACGGGAGAAGUUAAACAGAUAAUAUUCGGGGGGGGGGGACACCCUAUUUAUUCUCAGCCAGAACAACUGGACCUUUUAACAUUCCCCAUUCUGGGACAGGGGGAAAAAAAAUCCCACAGUUGCGCUUCUGGAAUUGGUAGGAUGGUCUUGUCCAUAUAUAUAUAAACAGAAGAAAAUUUUAGCUACCCAUUUAGCGUGGUUUUAUCAGCCCCCCCCCCCCAGGUUGGUAUUGCCAAGGUCGAAAGAGCCCUGUACUGCUAAAUACAGCUUUUUUAAAACUUUCCCUUUGUUCCAAGGUAUUUUAAAGAUGAAGGUUUCUGGCUUUUCGUUCACUUUUGAGUUAUACUGGUUUUAUUCCCAUUUUUGUAUAGCUCCCACCCGCCACCCCACCCCCGGAAACCCAUACACAAAACAAAAUUGGAAAAGUUUUUGACUAUUGGAGUAUUGACUGGGGAAAGGCAACCAGAAAAGAUGAAUUAAAUCCAUAAGCUGUUUAAUUUAAGAGACAAAAAGUGAAUUACCUGCUUUCGACCAAUUUCGCUGCCAGUAGGUGUGGUUUAGUUCUCCCAGUAGCUCUAUACGUGAAAACAGACGUUUGUUAAAAUAAAUCUUUAUUGUCAGCGUAUGAAUGGGAAAGAGAGAGAGAGAGAGAAAGAUAACUAUGAUUGAAAAACAAUUUUAAGACAGCCUCAAUAUGCCAGGCGCUAUUGUGGGUUUACAUCUCCCAUCAUCCCUGGGUCACAGGGAUCUGGGACAAACUGGAGAAGGGCAGUCGGUUGGGGAGACUUGAUUUAAAAUAUGUAUUUCCGUUUUGUUUUUUUUUUAGAAAUACUUCAGGGAUUGUCUGGCUUUUGAGGAAACUUUGUGAUUAUUAUUAUUUUUUUUCCUCUCCUUCUAAAGCUUGGCCUUCUGUCCAUGUUUUUGCACCCGCGGUGGUCACGAAAUCUUAAAUGUACAUAUUCAUACCAAGGCAUUUCUUUCUACUUGAAAAAAAAAAAAGAAAAAGAAACAUAGGUCGCGUUCUUUAGUACCUGGAAGGGGUGGGAAAAGAGGAGACUUCUGUUCAGUGCAGGUGACUUGGUUCACAAAUGGAAGCUAAGCUUGGGUUUGUUUAACCAUAGUUUGUUGAAUAAAUCACUGUCUGAGUUCA